AUGUGGUUGUUUCUGCCACUCCUAAUCACUGGUCAGGCGCUUUCGUAUCCUGCUCCUCCUUUAUUGGAUCAGAUUCAGAACAUCAAUACCAUAAGAGGAAUCAAUGAGAAUUUUUUGAACAAACUCUCCAUGGAAGCUGCGUGGGCCUAUGGCCAAAUUAUCGGAAAUACGUCACAGUCACUCAAUAGUAUCAGAACGGCUCUAACAGAUUGGUCCAAACAAUAUGGAAUUCAGAAGGAGUACCAACUGUUUGCUGAUGAAAUCGAAAAGGAAAACGAAAACUUUAAGAAAUCCGUCAAGGAUCUGAUGCCAAAGCUUACGAAGUAUUUUGACGACUACAUGAAGGUUGUGAACGAUAAGAAGCAGUCAGUGGCGAGUGCCUUCAAUAGAACAGCUGAUUUAGCCAAACAGCUCGAUGACAAACAAAAAGCAAUUGCCGAAUACAUAAUGAGGGUUUAUCUCCCAUCUCUGGCAGACGUACCCGGAAUCAACGACAACAGCGGUGGAGGAUUUCCAGGCAGCAAUUCCGGUUUCCCUGGCAAUCGCGGUGUAUUUCCGGGUGGAAAUACAGGAUACCCGUGGGGCAACAGUGGAGGACUUGGUGGAUUUGCAGGAGGAAGUAGUGGAAUCCCAGGCGGUGUAGGUUCGUCAUGGGGAAACGAUUUAUAUCCAAGGAACAAUAAUGGCUAUCCAGGUGGCAAUGUAGGAUUUUCGGGCACAAGUGGUAUGCUACCGGGUAGUAACGAAGGAUCCGGGAGAUUUUCAGGAAGCAGGCCAGGAUUUCCUGCUAACAAUAUAGGAGCCUUGGAAAGAAAUGGUCCGUUCUCUAGCAGUACCGGCGAUUUGCAACGUCGAAAUGAUGGGUUCCAAGGCGGUCGUGGUGGACUAUUCGGAGGCAAUGAUAUUCUUCUAAAAAAUGAUGGCAGCUUUCCAAGAACUUAUGGAUCUGUUAACAGUAACGGUGCUUCCUUUGGCAUCCCCACCACACAGCAAUUUGGCUAUAACGAAGGGAUCCCUCGAGCUCAAGUGGGAGACCACGGUUUAAGCGGUGCCCUUUCUGGAAAUAACGGUUUCCUAGGAGAUCGGUCCACAUACAUCGCAGAUGGAAACCCAGUUUCUGGGAAACGUUAUGGAGAAUUAAGCAACAGUGGUGCCCAAAGUGGACUGAAUCCGAAGAAGCCUAUGUUCGGUCAAGUGAACAGCUUCCGACAGUGGUAA